AUGACUCAGGUAUCGGAACUCGGUAGAAGAUCUCUACACGUGGAUUCUGAAGCUGGCUGGGACCAGAACCUUUCCACCUCCCCAGUCGCUUCUUUCCACUCUCCUCCUCCUAGCUGGGCCGCCAACCUCCCCAGCCGUGGCGGCGCCCCCAAGGUUCUCAAGCCUUUCAACUCCCAGGAUAUCAAGAUCCUGCUUCUCGAGAACGUCAAUGUCACUGGACAGGAGAUCCUGAGGGCUCAGGGCUACCAGGUCGAGGCUCUCAAGACCUCUUUGCCCGAGGACCAGCUCAUUGAGAAGAUUCGUGAAGUCCAAGUCAUCGGCAUCCGUUCCAAGACGAAGCUCACCGAGAAGGUCCUCCGUGAGGCCAAGAACCUGCUCGUCAUCGGCUGCUUCUGUAUCGGUACCAACCAGGUCGACCUCGAUUACGCUGCCCGCAAUGGUAUCGCCGUCUUCAACUCCCCCUUCGCCAACUCCCGCAGUGUCGCCGAGCUCGUCAUUGCCGAAAUCAUCACCCUCGCUCGUCAGCUCGGCGAUCGAUCCAAUGAGAUGCACCGUGGAACCUGGAACAAGGUCAGCGCUAAGUGCUGGGAGAUUCGUGGAAAGACUCUGGGUAUUGUUGGUUACGGUCACAUUGGCUCUCAGCUGUCCGUCCUGGCUGAGGCCAUGGGUAUGAAUGUCAUUUACUACGAUGUGGUGACCCUGAUGGCUCUGGGAACCGCUAGCCAGGUCCCGACCCUCGAGAAGCUCCUCCAGGAGGCCGACUUUGUCAGUCUGCACGUCCCCGAUCUGCCCGAGACCCGCAACAUGAUCUCGGGCCCCCAGUUCGAUCAAAUGAAGACCGGCGCCUACCUCAUCAAUGCUAGCCGCGGCAGCGUUGUCGAUAUUCCCGCCCUCAUCAAGGCUAGCCGUACUGGCAAGAUUGCUGGCGCCGCCAUCGAUGUUUUCCCUCAGGAGCCCGCCGCUAACGGCGACUACUUCACCAACGAUCUCAACACCUGGGGCGAGGAUCUGAGGAGCCUCAAGAACCUCAUCUUGACUCCCCACAUUGGUGGCAGCACUGAGGAGGCUCAGCGUGCCAUUGGUAUCGAGGUCAGCGAGGCUUUGGUGCGCUACAUCAACCAGGGUACCACUCUGGGCAGCGUCAACGUUCCCGAGGUGCAGAUGCGCUCUUUGACUCUGGACGAGUCCGAUACCGCUCGUGUUAUUUUCAUCCACCGAAACGUCCCCGGUGUGCUCCGAAAGGUCAACGAGAUUCUUGGUGACCACAACGUCGACAAGCAGAUCUCUGACAGCAGAGGCGACGUGGCUUACCUCAUGGCCGACGUUAGCAGCGUCAAGUAUGAGCAGAUCAAGGAUAUCUUUGACAGCCUCGAGGCUCUCAGCUCUCGUAUCAUGACCCGUGUCCUGUAUUAAAUAAUGAAGCAGAGGCCGCAUGGUGGUUGUGAGGUUCAACCCUUACCCUUGAAACAAAAGAAACGCGAUGGGACCAACGACGCACUGGUCAUUAUGGUAUAGCGAAGGGGGAAAUAAAGGGGGCGGCCCAGUCUUCCUGGCCCGUCUCCAUCCCCAGAAUCGACAAUGACGCAUUGAUGCAUUGAAUACUUAAAUAAGGACCGAGCCAUGGGAUGCUCAACUCAGCUCACGACCUGGAGAUCGUGGACCGGUAGGAAACGCUGCGCAAGAUGGAAGAGAUGGACUCUGCCCUGUGGCGGACUGUAUGUAUCCGGUCAGGGAACAAAAGGGGGCUGUAGUUAUUGUUUUUGCGGCUGGUGCUAGGGGCUGGUGAUACAGGAAUGAAGCCCCGAAUCGACUGGCUGGGCGAGUCGGUAGCACUGUACGGGGUAUAUGGGAAAAGACAUGGAUUUAGCGGCCUUGAAUGGAGCAGAAGACUUCAACACAAACUUAGAAAUACCAAAAUAGGACC